UCUACAAUAUCAAUUUCUCCAAAAUAGUUGAUUUAUCGAGUUACUUAUUUGUGCGAUCUUGGAAAUCAUCACUUGAUUACAACCUUUGCAAUUCCUAUAGUUUCUUGAACUAAAUUUGUUAAUUAUUGAGUUUCACCAAUCCCCUAGAGAACGAUAAUUUUACUUACACUUUAUUACUUGUACGACACUGUGCACUUGCAGUUUUGUCGCCACCAUAGCUACUUACAGAUUAUACAAAAGAACGUCUUAGAAUUCUAGGGGGCCAUGGCCCCCCUCCCUUCAAGCUAGCUCCGUCCUUGGACAUAAUAUUAUUUAAGAAGGGGUUUAGGUUAGGAGAAGAAUUUAGGAGAAGCAGAAGGUUAGGCUAAUAAUUGCGAUCACAAUUAGCCAUUCAUGGGUAACCCAGUAGACCCAUUGAUAAAUAAUGAGUAUGUUAUGGAUGGGGUAUAUAUGAGUUUGGAGGUUUGUCGACGAGUAAGGUAUGGAUAUUGCUUCCAUAACCUAAAUGGGUAUGGGUUGGAUAUCGAUAUCCAUUUACUUGAGGGUGUUUUCACUACACAUACAAAAAUUGGACCUAUUUGUAAAACUUGAAAAGUUUAGGUACCAAAAUGUAAGACAAAAAAUUUAGGUACUAAAAUAUACUUUUCCAUUGAUACUUUGAGGACUUAUAUGGAAACAAAUUUAAAUUUGGGUACUAAAUAUGUAUAUCUAUUAAGUUUAGGUACCAAACUGUAAUUUGCAUUUGGGCAUGGAUACAACCUUUCAUGGAGGAUGAGGUAUGGCGAGCUGUGACUCAGUGUAACAGUGACAAGGCCCCCACCCCAUAUGGAUACACACUGGAAUUUUAUAAAAGGGCUUGGCAUAUCAUCAAACAGGAUCUAAUCAAGGCUCUGGAUGAUCUCUAUCUUUCCGGAUCUCUUCCGCAGUCAAUUGGUCACUCAUUUAUUUGCUUGCUGCCAAAAAAUGAUGUGGUGGAGGAUAUCUCGGACUUCCGCCCUAUUAAUCUACUCGGUAGUCUCAAUAAAUUAAUCUCCAAGCUUCUAUUUAAAAGAUUACAACCCAUUAUGAGAUAUGCAAUGUCAAAAUAUCAGUUUGUAGGGACGAAAGGCAGAGUCAUUCACGAAGCUAGUUUCAUUGCAAAUGAAUUGAACGAUAGUCGCAGAAGGAGUGGCAAAUCCGGCUUGGCAAUCAAAUUAGAUAUCGAGAAGGCUUUUGAUACAAUCAACUGGGGCUGUAUGUUCAAAGUCCUCAAAUCCAUGAAUCUCCACCUGUGGUUACAAAAGUGGAUCAGGGGAGUGGUGACCUCCUCGAGACUUUCAGUUUUGUUUAAUGGAGAAGCUGUGGGUUUCUUUGGCAUCCAAAGAGGUGUUAAACAAGGUGAUUCUUUAUCCCCUUUCCUAUUCAACCUAGGGAUGGAUAUCCUGUCAUUCAUACUUUGCAACUCAAAUGAAGGGGGUUUCAUAUUUGGCUUUUGAUUUGACGAGCAGAAUCGACGAGGAGCGGGUACUCAUCUUCUUUAUGAUGACAAUGCAAUCAUUUUCUGUGAAAUCAAUGAGGCGGAGGUCUUGAACGUUUUGGAAGCACUUGUAUGCUUUCAAAGCGUUACAGGACUAAAAAUCAAUCUUGGCAAAUCAAGAAUCUUCCCGGUUGGGGAGGUUGAUAAUUUGGAUAGGCUGUUGAGCUAUUCGGUUGUGAUUGGCAGUUUCUUCCCACGACUUACCUCGGGUUACCAUUGGGACCCCUGCUUCUUCACAUACUAUAUGGAAUCCUAUCAUCAGCAAACUCCAAAGAAGGCUCGAGAGUUGGAAAGACAUGUUUCUUUCUAUAAGAGGAAGGAUAGUGAUGAUCAAUGCAUUAUUGGCAAGCCAAAGCAUCUACACAUCUUCUCUCUUCUAAUCCCAAAAUGCGUUGUGAAGUCAUUGGUAAAGAUUCAGAGAGAUUUUCUCUGGUCUGGAUCAUAGGAUAAGGAAAAGUUCCACUUACUUUCGUGGGAUUUAUGCAAAACAGCAAGGCAAAAAGGAGGGCUGGGCAUCCGUGAUCUGGGGAUCCACAACCAGUCUCUCAUUUUAAAGUGGUUAUGGAGGUUUGUUAUCAAAAUAAAUGCUUGGUGGAGAGAGCUUAUUGCUGUCAAGUUCCUGAAUGCUACUUCAGAAUGGAUUGCAGAGGAGGUCAAUGGGGGUGCAGGCUGCAGCCCCCUGGUCACGGAUAAUGAAGUAGGUGUCGACUUUCAAGCAAACGAAUCUCGUUGAUCAAGGAAUUUUUUUUUGGACUUCAUUCUGGCAUGAUCACUGGAUCAGAGGUACAUGCCUAGCGACAGAGUUUCCGCGUGUGAUGGCUGUUGCAGAAUCUUCGAGUUCACGUGUUUCGGAGUAUCUGUCUCGAGAGGAUUCGAACUUGGUGUGGGAAAUUCCUUUAAAGUUUGUUCUGGGGGGGGGGGGCUGAGAGGGAGAGAGUGAGCUUAUCGAAUUUACUUGAAAAAUCUUCCUUCUUCCAAUUUUGUUGCGGGGCCAGAGAGGUUGGUUUUAGCGUCAAGUCAGCUUAUGAACAGCUUGUAGCAACUAAAUUUUCAGGGAAUGAAGACUUUCCCUACAGGAUGGUGUGGCAGCAAACAGUUCCAAGUAAAAUCUAUGGAACCCUGUGGAUCGUCUUUUAUAAGAAACUCCUCACUCACGAAACUUAAAGAAGAUAGGGAUACAUCUACCAAGCAGGUACGCUUUUUGCGAAAAGGAAAAGGAGAGUUCCAAUCAUUUUAUCAGUUGCAAAUACUCGAUGGAAGUAUGGGGGAUUAUAAGUUCAUUUGUAAAAAUCGAAGUCAGGAACAACGCCAAUUAUGACAUUACAACAAGGAUCUUCCAUUGGUACUGUCAAAAGCCUUUGGAUCCUAGUCAAUGGUGUAUCAAGGUUUUCUUACAUGCAUACUGUUGGAACAUUUGGUUAGAAAGGAGCUCCCGAAUAUUCAAGGGAGUUACAGCAUCUUCACGUGUCACGUCCUACCGAAUAGGUUGCGCUAUCGCAAGCUAGUUAUUCGCAGAUCAGAAGGUUGACAAGCAAGAGACUGAGGCUUGGUUGUUAAUAUUGGAAGGCAUGUUAAUCCCCUUCACUAUUCAAAAUCUACAGCAGGGCAUUUGAAUUUGGAUGUGAACUGUCUCCCUGGCUCUUAUGAAUUCAGUACCAAUCAGUUGUUAAAGGCUUUGGUGGACGAGAUGCUUAGUGUCAAUUGGCAAGUAUGGGGAUUCCUGUCGCCCCUGUUUUCGUCGUGAUUAUCUUGUUGUGCUUCGCUUUAAGAGCUGUUAGAGCUUCUCUACGUCUAGUUCCAUCUUGGACUGUUUGCCGGGGGAUCAGUUUGUUUUGCUUUGGGUUUUUCACAUUUGGGUUUCCCUGCUUUUUUGUAUUUUUGUAUUUAGUAAUUCUCCAAUUUUAAGAUAUAUCAUCCUCAACAAAAAAGAAAGAAAAAACUCAUCCCAAAUAAAUGGGUAUGGGUACAAACCAUCAAACUCUAUGUCUCUAUCCAUGUACCAUCUGUUUGGAUUUAAUACCCAACCCAAUUGGGUUGGAUAGUAAAGUACCAUGCAUAAGGGCAAAAUUGUCAGGCCUAGUAAUUAAUAAUAGAAUAGUGGUUAAGAAUUUAAGAGGAGAGGGAUAAAUUGAGGAUUCAUCGAAUAAUUAUUUAUUGAUAAUUCUGACACAACAAGUAAAGUAUAUAAUUUUUAGAAAUCUAGAUAACAUUCUUGUUAGACUUUAGAAUUAAGUUUCUUGUCAUUUGACCUCUUAUGAGGGAGGUGUGAUACAAUCUUUACAUUCAUUAUUGUUGUAAGGAUGUCCAUGAAACCUUGAUUUUAAAAGCAGUAACUGUAUCUUAAACAAGGAACUUGACUCCUUUUCCUAUUCUAAACGUUUUUUUAAAGUUUAUUGGGGAUAGUAUAGAUGCUAAAAAAUCAUAGGAUUGCGA